AUGGCCGACGUAGAGAAGGAGCUUGCCGAGUCGAAGAAUGUUUGCAGACUGAAAGUCGGCUGUAAUUUUCUAAUGGAACUCAUCGACAGGGUUCGACAUGCGAAGAACAAACACUACGUUUCUUGGCAGGAAGUCCAGGUACGGUACAAAAAUAUGGUCUCCAAAGUUAACGAAGAAGACCAGGAACUAAUGGAUAAGUAUACCGGCUUCGGAUUAAAUUUUACUGAACCUAUUCUUAGUAGAGAGGUAGUUAAAAAAUUGACUGGUCGGUACACAGCUAAGAACGCACUGAACCAAGAAAUCUUCCGUCGAAUUCGAUACUACGUUGUCUCGUCGAAUGUGCUUAUGGUUGGAUUUGGAUUAGGUGAAAACCCAGAAUUGUACCCAGAAGAGGAGUUGACGGAUGGCGGUGACGCUUCCAAAGCUUCUGCAUUGGCCAGAACUGCUAUAGCUGGGCAUGGUGAACCACUUAAGCCAUGUAACUAUGCGGCUAAUGUUCCACCAAGAAGCUGUCAACCUUACAGCGAUGAUGAAACUGACUCAGAAGACGAACCUAUGGAUGAAGCUGGUGUGUACAGUACCGACGAAGAAAACGAUGUGCCGAACCACCCUAUUGUACAGCGGUGGCCUUCUGAAGGUCAAGACCGUGGUCCGAGUACUUAUAGAGCAGCAUGGGGCAUUGAACAGCAGCGUGCUCGAUUUCUGCAGGAUCAACAUCAACAAUUGUACCUACAGCGGUGGUGUCCUGGAAACGAAGAUCGUGGUCCGAGUACUUAUAGAGCAGCAUGGGGUAUUGAACAGCAGCGUGCUCGAUUUCUGCAGGAUCAACUUCAACAAUUGUACCUACAGCGGUGGUGUCCUGGAAACGAAGAUCGUGCUCCGAGUACUUAUAGAGCAGCAUCGGGUAUUGAACAGGAUCAACAUCAGCAAUUGUACCUACAGCGGUCGUGUCCUGGAAACGAAGAUCGUGGUCCGAGUACUUAUAGAGCAGCAUCGGGUAUUGAACAGGAUCAACAUCAACAAUUGUACCUACAGCGGUGGUGUCCUGGAAACGAAGAUCGUGGUCCGAGUACUUAUAGAGCAGCAUGGGGUAUUGAACAGGUAACAUUUAUGCGUAUUUAUGUGUAUGUACAAUAUCUUGAAGCGGUGUGCUCGAUUUCUGCAGGAUCAACAUCAGCAAUUCUACCACUGUCUUCCUCAUCACCAACUGCAGCAGCGCCGUCAGCAUUCUGGUUUCUAGUGUUGUUACCCGAAAUGCAUGAAUAA